GUCUUGGGCCGUCAUGGCUGGUGGUUGUGAGUGAAGGUUAACCAAACGUGAACUUUUUUCUCUGAGUCGAAACUUGGAGAAGGUGAUAACUUAAUCAUCUGACUCAUACACACACCAUUUUAAAUACUCAAAUUCGUGUGUUUAAAAAAAGAAAGAAAGAAAAUUUAAAAAAAGACAAGAAAGAAGAUAAAACGCGCAAGAUGUGAAACCCCCUUUUGGAAGAAAAUAAAAUGAGCUCGUUCUCCUCGCAAGCCGACGCACCCGAGCCAGAGAGCGAGCCGUAGAGAACCGCCAAAAUGCGCAAGAGCCACGCGGGAGUGUCUCCGGCGGCGAGGUAGCGCGCCAUGGCGUCCGUGAAACAGAUGAGCAUCGCCGACCGCCGCGGCCAGUAUCGGGGGCGGUCGCAGAGCCAGCCCGCGCCCUCACGCCCGCCCUCGGUCACCGCCCACGCCCGCAGCAAUGGCCACGUCACGCCCACGGGCACCACCAAGCAGAAGGCGGGCAGCGAGUGGGGCAUCAAUGGCAUUUCGGGAAGGAGACUGUACUCAGCGCAGGUCGGGGCGGAGGGUCGGCGCACGGGCGGAGAUCCCUGGGUUCGGCCGCCUCCUCCGCCACCUGCUCCUCCGCCCGCACCGUCGAAGCCUUCACGCCCGCGUCCAGGAUGCGAGGCGCCGUCGUGGCCGGUCCGCCCAGGAUAGGGGUGUUCCGCCCACGCCCCGCGCCGCCCACCACCUUCAGGAAGAUGUACGAGAGGGGCGACGUGCCC